UCCAGAUAUUUGGGUUCUGGGUCUGGAUCCUGGUAGCCAACACCCAGGUAGCAAACCCAUUGCUGCAAGGAUGAGUGAUGUAUGUCUCACUUACCUUGUUUCUCAUCUCCCUGAUGUUCCCCUUGUCUUCCUUGUUUGGAUUUUACAAAAGAUUUGAAUCCUGGAGAGUUCUGAACAGCCUGUACCAUGGGACCACUGGCAUUCUGCACAUGAGUGCUGCUGUCCUACAAGUACAUGUCACGAUCAUGUCUGAGGCCCAGGACCUGAGAAACUACUACAUUAACAUGGCAGCCUUGUUCUUUGCCUUCGUCGCCAUGCUGCUCUACAUUCUGCAUGCCUCCAGCAUUUUUACCACCGAUGCACAGGCACCAGGCCAAGGGGGAAAUGCUCUUUGAAAGUCCUGAUUAUUUCUCCCCAAAAGCAGCUUCCAAUGCUCACCAUCUGGAUGAUAAACAGAAGAUCCACUAAAACAUCCAUGGGAUUAACAGAGCGUCCUUGCAGACUAAGCGAAGACACCAUACUUUGGACAUUUAAAUUCACUCUACUGAAUAAGAGGAAGCUUUUAUUUUCUUUUUCCUGGGAAAGUAACUGUCUCUUGAAAUUAUCUGACCAUGAACUUGCUCUUCUAGCAAACUCACAUCAAAGCCCUCACUGCUGAGAAUCCCAGCUCCACUGUCAAGCCUGUUGGGGGAUUUUGCCUCAGCUGUGGGCUUCCCUAGAGUAGGUUCAGGGGAAUACUCAGCCUGAUUAUCUUAAAAUUGAAGAUGUGCAACCAAAGUCUUCAGAUCUAAUGCAGAUGCACAGACCUUGUUCCUGGUCCUUGUUCAGCCUGCGCUAGGGAGCUGUGGUCCUGAGUUCCCAGGGAGGCUGAGAGGGUCAAGCCACCCUGCCCACUAGCCUCCCACUUCCCCUCCCCUUUCUUCUCCAGCAUUGAGAUCCAAGGAAAAUCUACAUGAAGCCAAUUUUGAGGGUAGAUUUGUGGGGAAAAUUAAUCAUUAUACAGUAAGAUCUGGGGCUUGAGAGGUGGAGAGUGGGGAGGGAAGGGCAUAGCCUGCUACUCCGUGAGUCUGACAUCUCAGAAACUGCACAGCUGCUGGAUGCCUGGGUCAGGACUCCAAGACCCCACCUCUUAAGGACUAGAAAAUGCCUGGCUCCUCAGAAAAGACCCUCAGAGAGGAAGGUGAAAACAUUACAUCCAAUGAUUCUCCAGCCACAACCGCAUUGGAAGAAAAGGCUGCCACAUCAUCUCAGUGAGGAGUGAAGGACCCAUGUCCCAGGGACCGCGCUCCUUCACCUGCACUCACCCCCCUCACAUUCUCUUAAGCACCUGGUGGCCCUCCGAGGCCUGGCGGAAUGGUGGUGCCCACACGGUUGGGCCAGGGCUCACCAAGACCUCAACGGGCAAAGUUGUGCACACGGAAAUAUCAAAUCAAGGUGCUUGGUUUUAAAGUAAAUGUUUUUCUAAAGAAAGCUGUGCUCUUCUGCUGACCCAGAUGAGCAGGGCACAGCCCUGUAACUGCCUGUGCCUUCUGUCAUUUGGAAUGAAAUAAAUUAUGAGAAAGUGGCUUGUCUUAACUGAU